AUGGGACUGGGGUCCGGCUGGGUCCAGACUGGGGCUCUGGUCAUCGCGGAGGUCAGGGGCUCGGUCAAAGGGGCCACGGAGCCUGGGGACCUCUGGAGAGGUUUGGUGCCCUGGGCAGCCGGACCAGGACCGGCGCCCAGAGAUGGGGUGUUCCGGGCACAGGAGGAGGAGGAGGCGUUGGGUCUCGGGGUCCAGGGCGCCGAGCUCGGGGACCGCGGCGCCAGGGAGAGGCGCAGGGUCGGGGAGCACGAGGCAGUCUCAGAGCCAGAGUCGAAAGACAGGCCUGAAGCUCGUCCAGCCCGCUUGGGGGGCUUGAAGAGCGAGGCCCAGAAGGUCCGGGGACUUGGGGACAGAAGGCACGGGCGACGUGGCCAGCUGCGCCCCACGGCAUCGCUGUGGGGGUUCCUCCCUCGGAAGGUGAAUGUGGAAAAAGGCCUAGCUGUGUUCCCCACCUUGUCGGGCAAGCGCCCCACGCUCGUGCCGGGCCCGUUUGCCACAGACGGGCUCAGAUGUCGGGCCUGGGGCGGAGGGGCGUCUCGGAAUCACGUGGCACCUGCUCUUUUGCAUGUUACCCAGAAUGCCUGGUGGCAGCCCGUCCUCCCCAGUGCCCACCACACUGGGGCCUGGCGCAGCGGGUGCCGGGCGGGAGACCGUGACCUCCCGCCAUGGAACAUCUCUGGGGGCAGAGUCCGCUCCGCGGCCUGCGAAGGCCGCCUCCCACUCGGCGCUGACCACGCCCCUGACGCGCCCUCCCGGCCCCGCCCCUCCCUCUUCCGCCCCGUGACCGCUGGCCCCGCCCCCAGGUUCCACGCGGGCGCCGCGGGCGACGGCGGGGGCUACACGGUGGAAGUGAGCAUCAACGACUACCUGGACAUCUACUGCCCGCACUACGGGGCGCCGCUGCCGCCGGCCGAGCGCAUGGAGCACUACGUGCUGUACAUGGUCAACGGCGAGGGCCACGCCUCCUGCGACCACCGGCAGCGCGGCUUCAAGCGCUGGGAGUGCAACCGGCCCGCGGCGCCCGGGGGGCCGCUCAAGUUCUCCGAGAAGUUCCAGCUCUUCACGCCCUUCUCGCUGGGCUUCGAGUUCCGGCCGGGCCACGAGUAUUACUACAUCUCUGCUACGCCGCCCAAUGCCGUGGACCGGCCCUGCCUGCGGCUGAAGGUUUACGUGCGGCCCACCAAUGAGACCCUGUACGAGGCCCCUGAGCCUAUCUUCACCAGCAAUAACUCAUGCAGCAGCCUGGGCAGCUGCCAGCUCUUCCUCAGCACGGUCCCCGUGCUCUGGACCCUCCUGGGCUCCUAGUCCCCGCCUGCAGGAUGCCGGCCCCACCUGGACAGCUGCCUCCGAGACCAAAUAGUGACGCCCACCUCUCCCACGACUGGUGCUGCUCCCGCCCACAGGGGGCCGUCCGCCCGCACAGGGACCAGCCCCAGGGGCAGGGGGCAGGCAACUGACAGGACGCCUAAGGGGCUGUUGUCGGCAUAGCCCCCGGCCGGGCCAUCUCAUCCGGGGCACAGGAGACCCUGAGAACCUGUCGGCGAUGUUGUGUUUUGUUUUGUUUUGUUUUGUUUUUAGAGUAUUUUUCAUGGUUGGAUCAGAAAACUUGAAUUUUUAAUUUAAUUUAUUCCUCGCUGUCGCCAGUGAUUUUGGGAAGGAAACAAAAUGGAUAGGGUGGAGGUCCCUAGUCCCCAGAGGACGGGGAUGGGGGACCCCUAGUCUGGUCACUCAAUCUAUUGGAUCCUGGCUGGAGGUCACUAUGGACGCCUCCCAGGUGUCCUGGCCCACCUCCCAGCCCCAGCCUCGCACCUGGUGACGGGCUCCCACCGUGGAAACCUCCGCCGUCUCCCUGGAGCCCACCUCAGAGUCCCAGCCCCCUCGGAACACAGCGCCCCCUGACUCCCCAGCCUCGCACGAUCAUCCCCAAGGCCAACAUGUCACAUUUCUGUAAAUAGAGCCAACGAGUAUAUACUGUGACUGAUUUUUACUGUACUCCUGAGGAUGGACUGGACGGUUUCUUUUUUCUCACCCCUUCAUGGGUGGGGGGGCUACUUUGGCGGGGGGCGGGGCGGGUGACUUUUUAGAAUAGAAGCCUCGCUUCGCAAUAAGCUUGUUUGGCUGUGGGAGCCCCUCCCUCUACUCUGUGACUAAUAGUGUUUAUAAGGAAAUGGGGGAUGGGGGCACCACCCAAAAAAAAAAGAAGCCCCCUCCCGAAGACACUUUAUUGAAGCAAACAGCGCAUUUAUACGGAUUUCGUAUUUCUACCCACCUUUCCUGCUCUGUGUUUUAUAUAUAUUAUAUAUAAAUAUAUAUGGUGCUCGGCUGCCGGGGAUCUGCCGAGGGUCGGCCCGGGCAUGCCAGCGGGGGGCUUUUGUAGGGGUCUGCGUGGGUGGCGGCAGGGCCUCCCCCGCUCCCAUCACGAUCAACUUUGGAUUCUGUAUUUUUUUAUAAUAAAAUGAGCGUAAACCUCG